AUGACAGACCCAUCUCUGAUUCAUUCAGAGCUUACUCGCCCUCCCAUGGGGAUCCCUCCCUAUGACAAUCACUUCCAGCAAACCAAUGCCAAUCCUCAUCACACAUAUCCCACUUCUCCUUCUGCCUCUUCCUCUUCGCCUCAACCUCACAUGAUGAGGACCAAUAGCUCUUCACCCUUUCUCCAAACCACAAACUUUCAAUCCACUUUUCCCAGCAGCCCUUACGGUGCACCAAUGGAUAAUCACAGCCAAACUCAGAACCACAACCACAACCACAACCAUAUCCGUGCCCCAAGCGUCACCCAAUUCGUUCCACCUACACCAGGCGAGUAUAGCAGUGACGAGUCCAAGGAGAAGCAGAGAUGCACUUAUCCCGACUGCGGCAAGACCUUCAAGGACCUCAAGGCUCACAUGCUCACUCACCAGACUGAGCGCCCUGAAAAGUGUCCCAUCCAAACUUGCGAGUACCACACCAAGGGCUUUGCUCGCAAGUAUGACAAGAACCGUCACACCCUCACACACUACAAAGGCACAAUGGUCUGCGGCUUCUGCCCAGGCUCCGGCUCGGCUGCGGAGAAGUCAUUUAACCGUGCCGACGUCUUCAAGCGCCACUUGACUGCAGUUCAUGGUGUUGAGCAGACUCCACCCAACAGCCGAAAGAAGUCGUCUGCAGGUGCCAACGCGAACAAGAAGCUGACUGGCUAUGCUCCCGAUGCCACUGGCAAGUGUAGCACUUGCUCGCAGACCUUCUCCAAUGCUCAGGACUUCUACGAGCAUCUCGACGACUGCGUGCUGCGCAUUGUCCAGCAAGAGGACCCUGCCGAGGCCAUCAACGCCAAGCGCCUUGCUGAGGUUGAGAACGAUAAGGAUGUUCACCAGACUCUGGAGAAAAACAACCUCCCCACUACCACAGACACUGUCAUGGCAAACCAUGAUGAUGAAGAUGCCGACAGUGGUGACGAUGAUGAUGAUAGCUCUCCCCGAAGCAACUCCUCCCCUGCCAUCAGAAAGAAGGGCAAUCCGGCCAAUGGUGUCCAGAAGUCUCGCGGUGUCACUCACUCCCGCGGUGGUGUCCCCUUGGGAACCAAGACCCGCAGCCGCAAGAACCGUCGUGACUAUCCAUCAUCGUGGGGCUUUGAUAAGGGUCAGAUGACCAUGAAGAAGCGUGUCAUGGCUGUCUUUGAUGGUCCUCGUCGUCUUGCCAAGGACGACAUGAUGCUCUCCACCGACCAUGAGGUCCGUCUCAAGCUAUCUGAUGGCAAGUCUUAUGUCACCGACCUCGACGUUCAAACUCUCAAGCGAGCUGCUGGCUUCCACGGUGCCACUGAUGAAGAGAAGGGCCCUUGGAUCUCCGACGACCCUACCGCUGAGCAGCUCAAGGAGAUGCAGCAAAUGCUCACCGCCAACACCACCACCACCACUACUAUAUAA